AUUAGAAUAACCUGGUGCAGCAGCUUCAGCAGCCUCUCCCUUUUGAAGUUGCAUUUUCUUUUAAUUUUUAAUUUCUACAUUAAUUCCUCUUUCUGGUAGAGGAUGUUUGUCAUAUUGUUAGUAAUCCCAGAGUUCCUUUCCAACAUGGUGAUCGGUAAAAGCAAGCAAGCAUGGCUGUAUUUCACUUGACCUCUGUGAUAUUCCUGUAAAACCUCUUUCGAUGGUGCCUAAGGAGAACAGACUAUGCAGAAAUUCAUUGAAGCAGACUACUACGAACUGGACUGGUAUUAUGAAGAAUGUACAGAUGUUUUAUGUGCUGAACGAGUGGGCCAGAUGACUAAAACAUACAAUGACAUUGAUGCUGUUACACGUCUUCUUGAGGAAAAAGAACGGGAUUUAGAAUUAGCUGCUCGAAUUGGCCAGUCAUUGCUAAAGAAGAAUAAAACUCUUACUGAGAGAAAUGAACUUCUUGAAGAACAAGUAGAGCAUAUCAGGGAAGAGGUUUCUCAACUGCGUCAUGAGUUGUCCAUGAAAGAUGAGCUGCUUCAGUUUUAUACCAGCGCUGCUGAAGAGAGUGAGCCAGAUUCCAUCUGUUCAACUCCAUUGAAGAGGAAUGAAUCAUCUUCAUCUGUCCAGAAUUAUUUUCAUUUUGAUUCUCUUCAAAAGAAGCUGAAGGAUCUUGAAGAGGAGAAUGUUGUCCUUAGAACAGAGGCCUGCCAGCUGAAGACUGAAACCAUUACUUAUGAAGAGAAAGAACAGCAACUUGUAAAUGAUUGUGUAAAGGAGCUCAGAGAUGCAAAUCUUCAGAUUGCCAGUAUUUCGGAAGAGUUAGCUAAGAAGACUGAAGAUGCUGCCCGACAACAGGAAGAAAUCACCCAUCUUUUGUCUCAGAUAGUGGAUUUGCAGAAAAAGGCAAAAGCUUGUACAGUGGAAAAUGAAGAACUUGUCCAACAUUUGGGAGCAGCUAAAGAUGCCCAAAGGCAACUUACAGCUGAAUUACGAGAGCUGGAAGAUAAAUAUGCAGAAUGUAUGGAAAUGCUUCAUGAGGCACAAGAAGAACUGAAGAAUCUUAGGAAUAAGACAAUGCCAAAUGCUAUAUCACGCCGUUACCAUUCGUUAGGCCUUUUUCCAAUGGAUUCCUUAGCUGCGGAAAUUGAAGGAUCAAUGCGAAAAGAGCUGCAUUUGGAUGAUACUGACUGCUCUGAUUUAAACCAUCACAAGAGAGUGUUUGACACUGUACGAAACAUCAAUCAGGUAGUAAAGCAGAGAUCCCUAACUCCAUCUCCAAUGAACAUCCCAGGAUCUAACCAGUCUUCCACAAUGAAUUCAGUCAUUUCUAGCUGUGUCAGCACACCACGAUCUAGUUUCUAUGGAGGAGACAUUUCCAAUAUUGAGCUAGACAAUAAGACGAAUAGUAUCAUCCUAGAAACUGAAUCCACUGACUCUAGAAAUGAAGAGAAGAACAAGAAACCAGGAAUGCCAGGAACACCAGGUUCUUGUGACCUGGAAAAAGCUCUUAGAAGGUUGUCCCUUCGGAGGGAGAAUUAUCUGUCAGAAAGGAGGUUUUUUGAAGAAGAACAGGAAAGAAAGUUGAGAGAAUUAGCAGAGAAAGGGGAAUUUCAUAGUGGUUCCAUUACUCCAACAGAGAGUAUUAUGUCAUUUAGAACACACUCCGGGUUUUCUGAAUUUACUGGCUAUUCAGGAAUAUCUAUCAGCAGUCGUUCAUAUCUCCCAGAGAAGCUUCAGAUUGUGAAGCCCUUAGAAGGUUCUGCCACACUGCAUCAUUGGCAACAGCUUGCUCAGCCUCAUCUAGGAGGCAUCCUAGAUCCAAGGCCUGGGGUUGUUACUAAGGGCUUCCGUACUCUUGAUCUUGAUCUGGAUGAAGUGUAUUGCCUUAAUGAUUUUGAAGAAGAUGAAUCAGGUGAAAUUACAUACAAAGGCUUAACUACCUCGACACCGAUUCAGCACACAGAGACCUCAGGUGAGAGGUCUCAGGCACAAGUGACUGUUUCAGACAGCAAGAAUUACCCAAGUCGCUCUCAGGCUUUCCCAGAGGAGAUACAGGAACCUGCAACUGACGAUGAUGAGGGGUCUGUACAUCAUCCUGGGAAGUGCAUGUCACAAACCAACUCCACAUUUACGUUUACCACUUGCCGUAUUCUACAUCCUUCCGACGAGCUCACACGAGUCACACCAAGCCUUAAUUCAGCACCUACUCCAGCUUGUAGCAGUGUUGGCAAUUUGAAAGGCACUCCAGUGGCUACCCCAUGUACUCCUCGACGCCUGAGUUUGGUAGAAUCCUUCACUAACGUUCGUGAAUCCACAACUACAAUGAGUACCUCCUUAGGACUUGUAUGGCUACUCAAGGAACGUGGGAUAUCAGCAGCAGUGUAUAACCCACAAAGUUGGGACAGAGUGGGCAGGAGCACUCUUCUGAGCACAUAUUCUCCAAGAAUGGCUGCCAUUCCUUCCACUCCUCCAAACUCACCUAUGCAGACACCUCCUUCUUCCCCACCAUUUUUUGAGUUCAAAUGUUCCAGUCCUCCUUAUGACAACUUCCUGGCUUCCAAACCAGCUAGUUCAAUUCUGAAGGAAGUAAGGGACAAAAAGAACAUCAGAAACAGUGAGAGUCAGACUGAUGUGUCUGUCUCCAACCUUAACCUAGUAGACAAAGUAAAAAGGUUUGGAAUUGCCAAGGUAGUAAGUUCAGGGCAAACACAAGCUCUUAAAUUAACUGAUGAACAAGGACCUCUUUUCUGUGGAACACAAAAGCCUGGAGGCCUGCUGCCUGAGAGUUUGCCUUUGGGUUGCCCAACUGCUGUGACAACUGCUAUUGGAAGCAUUCAGUUGAACACUGGCAUUAGAAGGAAUCGAAGUUUCCCAACGAUGGUUGGUUCAAGCAUGCAGAUGAAAGGUCCAUCAACUCUAACCCCUGGAAUCCUAAUGGGAGCAAACCUUCCCAAGCAAACUAGCUUACGAUAAAUGGCUUAAUGUAUUUCAAGCUCCUCCUUUAAACACUUUUUUUCUUUCAUUUGCUAUUGAGUUUGACAAAUCAACUUUGUGCCUAAUUGGAGAAAGUGUAAAAUUUGUACAGGAUGUAAAUAUGUAUUAGAUGUAUUAUAGAUGAAUCAGGUCACUGUUUUGAACAUUUAACAUGCUAAAAUUUUGAAAGGCUGUUUUGUUUUUCUUUGCACUGAAAAAAAGUGAUCCUUGCAUAGGGAAAAAGAAUGAUCAAUUCUCUAGUUAGCCUGACUUAACACUGAGACAGGAUCAUUUGGCAAGGAUUACCGUUCAUGCUGUCAGGAUUGCAAAAUUUCAGGAUGGGUGAUGAAUUCUGUGAGGAGUCUUCAUUUUUCAUGAAGUAUUUAUCAUAGCAGUAGCUUAACAUUUUGACUAUUUUCUUUGGCCUUUGUAGUAAAGAGAGAACAUUGUACUUCAGGGGUCACAUUUCUAAGUGAUUUGAUUUUUUUUCCUUAUGAAAUAAACUUGAAAUAAUAUGUACUGAGAAGCAUUGCUAAGUGUGCUCUGUGCCUCUACUGUUGUUUUGUAGCCUGAUCAUAUUCCAUAUUAUUUUUUUCAAAGCUGCCCUGUUUAGAAAGUAAAAAAGUAUUUAAAUAAACUUUUGCUGCAGACACUGAAAAAUCAUGAUGACACACACAAAAUGAAAGUAAUAGCCUUAAAAUUAUUCUUUGCUUUAAUGAGGAUAAAAACACUAAAAUAAAUAUCUCUUUCCUUGGGAACCAAAGUUAUCUAAUGAGUUAAUAGUAGGCCUCUUUAAAAGCCAAAUUUAAAUCUAUAAUACAAACAUGCCAAAAUAGCAAGUGCUUAAUGUAAAAGAAAGGCAUUUGCAGCCACUUUCCACCUCUCUAGCUUUUGAGUUACUGAAAGUUAAUAGUUUUAUAAACAAAAUAUAAAACAUUAUUAGUUUAACUGAUGUACUCACCCUUUCUAUCAAGGAUGUAGUUACCAAAAAUUAGGGAGUAAUUUUAAUUUUUGUCCUAGGAUUUUAAUAACUUUAGAUUUUAAAUAGUUCUUUUCUCAAGGAUAAUGACUUUUUGUUAUAAUAACUUAUAGUUGCCUCAGUAAGCCCAAAUCAAACUCUGAUUUCUAAUUAUUUGUUACUAGUUACAACUGAAUCAAUUUGGUCUCCAGCAUUUGGAGAAAGCAUAAAAAUUCUGCUUGACUGAAGAACAUAAAUCUGUAUUUAUGUAUUUAUGUAAAUCUGUAUUUCUUACUUUUCAACUUGCGUGGUUUAUGAUCCCAAGUCUCAUUCAGACAAUGCUUAAAGCAGUCCAGUAUGUAGUUAUGGGGGAUGGGGGGUGGGAUUAAAUAGAAUGGAGUACAAAAAGAACUUCACAAUCUAGGAGACUGUCAUCGGAUGCCUCUUAAUUUUACAGGAGGUUCUUAUAGGAACCACACAAAAGUGAUUAUGUAAAUCAUGGAUAUUUUAGAGUUAUUUGGAAGCAAUUGGUAUAUAUGGGUUGUAUGAAUACCAGUGUUUUUUUGGCUUUUAAAAACCAGUUUCUGUUUAUUUAUUUAAUGCCAGUACAUCAGUCUCCACAUUAUUUCUAUGUAUUUCAGUUGUGCCAGACUUUUAAUUAAAAUACACACACAUACACACUUGGUGGAUCAUUCAGUUCAGUACUGCAAUGAGCAGUGAGCAUGUAGAUGUAGAAGAAUGAAAUAGGGUAAAGUACAUGCCACCAAUUUUUGCGUGUGUUUUCAGAGUUUUGUUUAUUCCACAAACUUUUUACCAAAUUGUAAUUGGCUCUACUUUCCCUUUGUGUAUGGGCAUUUAAUUGCAAAAAUGUGACAUCUUUUCAUUUGGAUGUAUCAGAAAGAGAACUAAUAAAUUGAUAAUUUUAAAUAAAUGAAAAAAACCAUGA